UUUAUUUAUUCAUUUACUUUGUUUAUACCCCGCCUUUUCUCACCAAUGGGGACCCAAAGCAGCUCACAUCGCUCUCCCUUCCCCCAUUUUAUCAUCACAACAACCCUGCGAGGAAGAUAGGGCUGAGUGGUGUGUGGCUGGGGCCGGCCCGAGGCCACCCGGCAAGCUUCUGCGGAAGAGUGGGGAUUCGAAGCUGGGGCUCCCAGAUCCUAGUCCGACACUCUGACCUUUGCAUCACACUGGCUUUAAGGGUGACUUGCUCCAGCAUAAGCUUUUCGGGAAGUGAAAACGGGUUUCCCCUGGACGACCGCAGAGGAGCGCGCGCCGUCAGCCAAGGAGGAGCACCGACGUGCCGAGUUUCGUGCGAGGGAAGGCAGGCGGGGGCACAUCACUGGUCUGCAGGGCGCGUCAGGGUCCCCCCAACCCUCUCUUGGAGCCAACUGGCCCUCGACGCGGCCGCUCUCUCCCUGGGCCGAGCGCUCCCGGCUCCUCCCGGGGCGCGCACGACAUCGGUUCCUGGGAGGGCCCGAGCGCGGCGCGCCUCCGCCGGCGGCCCCCCUCCUCGGCUGCGUGGCGCCUGCGCCCGCCGCGACCCCACUCCGCGGGCCAGCCUUCUCGCGAGACGGGGCGGCGGAGGACUGGCCGCAGGAGGCGCCGCUGCCGGGCUGGCCGGGGAAGGGAGGCGCCUCCGCUGCUGGCCGAGCACCCCGGGCAGGAGGAUCCUGACCGCCAACAAAGCAUCAUGUUGGGUUUCAAAUGUUUUCCCUUGAGCUGGAGGUGAACUUAGCUGGAAGUACUUAUGAAAUCCCUUGCCAGGAUGACCAAAGCACGGCUCUUCCGUCUUUCAGUGGUGGUGGGUUCUGUCUUCAUGAUCCUACUGAUUAUUGUGUACUGGGAUAAUGUGGGAACGGCUCACUUCUACCUGCACACUUCCUUCUCCAGGCAUCAUGGGGCACUGCCUACAGUUAAAGAUGAUGGCCAAGGUUCUCUGUCAGACGUUGACGAGUUUUUGGAAAAACUCCUGACUUCUGAAUUGAGGUACCAUGUAGAUCGGAAGACAGAGCAGCCGCCCAUGCAGGCCUCGAGUAAGCCCCUUGCUGGCAACUUGGAGGAGAACGUGAGAGGUUAUGACUGGUCCACUCACGAUGCCAGCCUGAUUCUGGAUCAAGAAAAGUUACAGGCUGAGAGACGGAAGACUCUGAGGGAAUUCUGUGCCAAUUCCAGCUUUGCCUUCCCAACCAAGGAUCGCUCAUUUGAAGACAUCCCCAACUAUGAGCUAAACCACCUUAUCGUUGAUGACCGUCAUGGCAUCAUUUAUUGCUACGUCCCCAAAGUGGCAUGCACUAAUUGGAAGCGGGUGAUGAUUGUGCUGAGCGAGAGCUUGAUGGACCAAGGGGUCCCUUACGUUGACCCCUUGGAUAUUCCUCGCGAGCAUGUCCACAACACCAGCACUCACUUCACCUUCAAUAAAUUCUGGCGCCGCUAUGGCAAGUUCUCCCGCCACCUCAUGAAGAUUAAGCUGAAAAAAUAUACCAAGUUCCUCUUUGUCCGUGAUCCCUUUGUCCGACUCAUCUCAGCCUUCCGUAGCAAAUUCGAGCUGGAGAAUGAGGAAUUCUACCGUCGGUUUGCCAUCCCGAUGCUGAAGCUGUACUCUAACUACACCAGCCUCCCUACCUCGGUCAGUGAGGCCUUCGAAGCGGGCCUCAGAGUUUCCUUUUCGGAUUUCAUCCAAUACUUACUGGACCCUCGGACAGAGAAGUUGGCCCCUUUCAAUGAGCACUGGAGGCAGGUUUACCGCCUGUGCCACCCUUGCCAAAUAGAUUAUGACUUUAUUGGCAAGCUGGAGACCUUGGAUGAAGAUGCUGCUCACCUGCUGCAGCUCCUCAAAGUGGAUCAUCUUCUCCGUUUCCCUCCCAGCUAUCGGAAUAGGACAGCCAGUAGCUGGGAGGACGACUGGUUUGCCAAAAUUCCCGUGGCGUGGAGGCAGCAGUUGUACAAGCUUUACGAAGCAGACUUUGUACUCUUUGGCUAUCCCAAACCUGAACACUUGCUUAAAAACUGAAUGAGAUAAAGCAUUCAAGAAUACCAAAAGAACUCCAUGUUUCAAAAUAAGAAUGUUCCUCUGCCUGCAUUAACACAUGCAAACUUGCUUUUUCUAGAGCAUCUUGCACAUAGUUGUCUGGUUGCAAGAUCCUUGGAAUCCCCUACUGGAAGAAGGGUUCCCCUUCUCCUUUGUCUGUUACUUUUGUUAAACACAUCUAGUUAUUCCGCCAUUAGGAUAUGACUUUCUCCAAUAUCCCGUUUUCUUUUGAAUGCUUUUUAUCAGAACAUUUUUUAAAAAAAGAAUUAAUAUAUUACAAUAUUUAAUACAAAGUAUCUUGUGGAAAAGGGGAAGUAAAAGGGUGCAAAUUCUUGUUUUUA